AUGGCUUUUAAAUCCUUCAAGGUUAUCAUUGCUGGCUGUAGCAUCGCAGGUCUGUCCCUAGCCCUGAUGCUAGAGAAGAAUGUCGGUGCAAGUAUUGGCCUCUUGCCGAACGGUCUACGCAACCUUGACCAACUGGGAUGCUACAUGAGACGGUUAUGGAGAUGGCUGAUUACCCACCGGAUAAGGUCUUCAUUCGUGAUUCUUGUGGAAGACCACUCCUGUCCAUUGAGAACUAUAACCAGUAUACGUCUGGACGUCAUCUUUUUCGACCAUCUGAUGAUCGAGAUUCUCUACAAAGUUCAGACUAUCCGAACUGAUCCAUCCUGUGUCACUGUCACUACCAAAACAGGUCAAUCCUACAUGGGUGAUAUUGUCGAUGGAGCAGAUGGAUUCCAUUCGACAGUACAUAAGCAAAUGUGGGAAGAAGCCAGGGAAAAGGAGCCUUCAUGGAUAGUACCAUUGGAAGAAAAUGGACUCCCGACGGCAUAUGCAUGCAUAUUUGGAAUCUCGGAAGGGGUCCCCGGUAUCGAGAAAGGAACACUCUGUUCUGUGUGCAACGAACAUUUCUCGUACCUCGUCCCUAAAGAGGAGGCUUUGGCGAAGGAACGCGAGAACGAUCAAAUUACUCCAACGUUGAGGUUUUCAGAUCUGUACAAGCUCAAGACCAAUUCGGUGCAUACCAGUCUACCCGAGUAUAUCUAUAAAAGAUGGUAUUUCCAAAGAACUAUUAUCAUUGGCGAUUCUUGUCAUAACUUAGUUAAAGCCUCCCAUGCUCGGAAGCAUUUGGAGUGCAAGGAAACUCCGCUGUUGAAGUUGAUAACAAAAUAUAUCACCCCCUACUACCCUUUACAAACGAUAAUGGAUAACUCGACCGCGACAUAUUUCAGCAGUUUCAUUAGACAUGCUCCCUAUACCAAAGAGCCUGAGGGACGACCAUUGGACUUCUGCCAUACGCAGGAUAUCUCCUCAUUGCUUUUGUCGCUUUCCGAUUACUUCGCUGCCGCCACAACCAAUGGGUCACGAGCAUUGGUCUGUCAAGCAGUCCGUAACCAGUCGGUAAAGUCGGGAGUGAUGGAGAUCCUCCAGUCCCUGGUAACCAUCUUUCUGUCCGUGGUUGCAGGUCCAUCCAGACCAGAACAAGCUUUACACCUGUUGUACUUCUUGGUGUCAAUGUUAGCUCUAACCUCCAUUUUCACGGUGGAGGGCUAUCGACCAAGGAAUAAAUGGACCCUUCUAGCAAGUUUAUGGGCCGUUCUGUACCAGCUUCGUGGAAUUGGAUUGAUCGCCUCAUUCUCUUCCAUGAUAGACAUGUUCGUUACAGCUAGGAUAUCCUACUUUUCACUGGUCACUAGAACUCUGGCAGAGUCGACAGCUAAAGCCAUCCUCCCCGCAGUGGCGGCAGUAUAUAUCCUUCCUACAAUGCUUUUGUUUUUUCCCAUUGGAGAAGCACAGGCGCGUCAGGCUAUAGUCACUGGGUGGCAUCCAGCGCCGGUCUUUGCUGUUAUCGGAACCGAGAUACUGUCCCGGGCAAUCAAAUGGAUAGAUCGAAGACAGAGCAAAACCAAGACGCUAUCAGCUGAUGAGAGAGCUGAUCUUGAUCUACCCACCUGUGUCUGCUUGCUUUUGGACAAGCCCUCCCUCACCCACCUAUUCUUCCCAGUGGACGUUUUUGCACCUGCCGCGACCUUGGCAGAUUGGGUUUUCUUCAAAAUGAUCUCCUUCUGGUAA